UGCCCACCACCAGCUUCUCCCCACCCCGACCAAACCGCAAAACCAACCCAACCACAACCAGACCACCACUCACCUCUCCACUAUCUCACUCACCCACUGCCCGCUCGCUCACUACACGAGCUCUGCAACUGCAACUUCAAGGCCGCAGCAGCAGGGCACACAUCGCCAAGCAAUCCUCUGACCUCUCCGCCUCGCCCUCGCCACGCCGCCACCCCACACAGCAACACGCGCGAGCAGCGACCGAUGGCGAGGACGCGCGCGCGCGGCCGUCUCCUCCUCCUCGCCGUCCUCGCGGCCGUGCUGGCGCUCCACCUCGCGCCGUCCCGCUCCACCGCGGCCGCGCUCCGGGCGUCGUCCAUCUCCGCGGCGCCCGCGGACGCGCCGCUCCCGCGGCUCCCCAGGCAGCACGGCCACCCCCACUCCGCGCCCCCGCCGGCGGUGCCGCUGUCGCCGGACAUAAUGCCCGUGCUCCCCUCCCCCGCCGAGGACGGCGCCGCCGCGCCGCCGUCCGACGCGGAGCCCACCAUCCCGUCCAGCCCGAGCCCGCCCAACCCGGACGCGCUCGAGCCAAACUCGGCCCUUGCGCCCUUCGGCUACGCGCCCGCCGUCGCCGCGCAGUCCCCCGCGCCGCCGCCGGCCCGGCUGGCCACCGUGGCGUGGGCGCUCCCCGUGGCGCUGCUGGCCAUGUGGUCGGUGUAGUGGAGGGGGCGAGCCAUCAUCAGCCAUGGUCCUCACCUCCGCACCCCCUCGUGGAUGCGAGUAUGCGAUAGCAGCAGGCGCAGGCGACUGGGGCACAGCAUGCCUCUCUUGCCAGCCUUCAGGCGUGCAGGAAAAGUUGGCCGUUGGUUGGUCGGGUUGGCUCUGCAGCUUCCAUUUGCACUACUCCUGUCCUUGUGAAGAACUGUUACACUAGUCCGUUUCAUCAUUGUCUAGUUCUCUCCUGUAAAUUUUAGUUUUCUUUCGAUUCAUAAUUUUUGGGAGGAAGGGUUACAUUAUGUCAUAGCCUUUUUUUUGUUUUGUUUUGUUUUGUUUUGUUUUGUGGCCUCUGUUAAGUCAAAUUAUUUGGGCGAUUCAUAGCUUGUAAUAAAUUUGGAUGGAGGGAUUAUUAGUAAGUGCUCAACUAUGAUACCUUAUGUGAAGUUCAAAUUGGAUUUCCUUGA